CGGAGCAUGACGCACUUGGCGGCGCAUGCGACAGCGACUCGCAGUCGUCGGUAAUGGUCAUCAGUGAUGCAUCGCGACGCGGCCAAUACACUUUAAUUUCAGACAUAAGCGCGUAACAAUUAUCCGCUCUCGCGGAAUCGUCCGGGAGUCGUCGCCUCGCGAUCGUCGGCCAUUUUGCCAGCCGUAAGGAAAAGGAAACUAGGUAUGGCCAUCUGACAUUCUACCUACACGCCAAUUCCUGCGACAAGUUCGUCCGACAACGCGACUUUGCACGGCGAAAACAACAACGCAGUUACGAAGCGCGUCGACUCGGUGUUUACGUCGGGAGCGAGACAAGGAUCGUCUCACUCGCGCGUUCUUUCUUCGCCAGUCAUGGCAGUCAUGCGAGUCGCGCGACAACCGAGAACGAGUGCAUUUGUGCAUAAUCGUCGCGUGUGACGUCUAACCUAUACGGCUCCGUUUCGUAAGAGAGUACGAGAGAGUGAAAAUUCCGCCCUUCUUUCGUUUCAGGACAAAUAUGCGAUCGACCGAUUUGACAGGUGUUGACAGCGAGUGAACAGAAAAAGCGCGCACGAGAGCGAAAGCGAGAGAUUACGCCGGCGUUUUGCGACAAGAUUUUCUUGUAUGUACACAACGCACACACCGUCUCUCUUUAUUUACAAAUCAAACUACUCGCUUGUAUAAACGUCAACGAUGCACGACGACCGAGUGCUCGGAAUUAUGCGAAAAAUUGCAUCCGCUCCGAGCGAAAUUCAACAAUAAUCAAUGCGAUUUGUAUGAGAAGCAAUAACACACAGCGAGGCCGAAAGAAUACUCCACUCCACUGCAACGGAGACACACCAAUGGAUAGCUGAAAUAUUUUUAUAAGAUUAUAAGCUCAUAAAGAAGAGAGAGAGAGAGAGAGAAAGAGCGUACAGUGCUGGCAGAUUAUAAUGUUUCAUAUGUAAUAAUAUUAUUAAGGCGUUACGUAGAAAGUUGAUUAUCCAGAUUGUUGCAGCAUAGAAAGGGGAAUACUUUUGAUAACGUGCCAGUGAAUCCUGAGCGAGAGAUCGCACGUUGAGUGCCACAUGUAUACUAGAGUGGUUCGAGAACAAUCAACUUUGUGCCAUGUACAGAAAUAAUAUUUGUAUCUGCCGAAAUUAAUAUAUCUGUUAUAUCUGCGGUAUGAGAUGUACGGAGGAUAAAGCCUGACCCGAAGGCUGUUACGUACUCUGAUAUAAUACGUCUGCAUCGUUCAUCAAAAAUAUGGACGAGAGAAGAGUAGCGGAUUAUUUUGUUAUCGCUGGUUUACCCGGUCAAGAUGAUGAGUUUAGCGAGGAUAUUAAUGACAGUAAUGAUAAACUGGAGGAUUGGUGUCAGGAAGGCACUCAUCUCAAAGACAUGCACAUGCCACCUCCUAUCACAGAUCUUGCCGUAAUAUUUCCCGCUCUCGGCGAAUAUUGUCCCGAGGGAUAUACAUUAUUGGAACAAUCCGUAUCAGGUUUCCCGGCCGAUUUGAAUCACGGGAGUUUACGAACAAACGAGUGUUACUUAUGUUACAGAAGAGGACGAGACAAACCUCCUUUGGUUGAUAUUGGUGUAAUAUACGAUGGAAAAGAACGUAUUAUGCAAGAUGCUGAAAUGGUGUUGGAGACUCCUAAAGGCCAUGUGGCAAACGUAAAUAAUUCUACUUCAAAAAUUUUUGUAACCUACAGACGAGCGAGUCGAAAGAUGCCUUGCAAUUCUCUCGUUGUUACUGACAUAUGCGUUAUCUUGGCAAAUAAAGGGGAGAGCCCUCCACAUGCAUUCUGUGUCAUCAAUAAGAAUUUGAACAAAGGAAUGCUAGGCAGCGAUGUAUUUUUGUGCUACAAAAAGUCCAUGAAUCGCGCUAAUUUGAUAUCAUUUAAGCCAGCAAUACUCUACAAAUAUCCUACAGCUGAUUACAAUAGUUUUGUCUUUCCGAAUUCUGUCGCCAUGUUUUGUCUACCGAUGGGUGCGACUAUAGAAUGUUGGCCUAAAGUAGCGUGUAAACCUAAACCAGUAUUCUCGACAUUUGUCUUAACAGGCGAUGCUGCUCAAAAAAUGUAUGGCUCAGCGAUAACGUUUUACGAGGAGCUUCAACUGGAAACAGACACAUCAAAUUGUAAAAAUAAUCAAGAAAUCAUGGAUACAGUCGAGAAUAAUAAAAAUAAUGCAGAUAGUAUAGAAGUGAUAACCAAAAAUAAGUCACAAAAAAUAAAAUUAUUCAAGAGAUCUGGUAUACUUAAGAAGCUCAGUAUACUGCAAUUGGAAAAGUUGCAAUACACAGAUUCUGCGAGCCAAUCGCUGAAUAUUAGUAAAUCUAUAUGUAUACUGUCCCAUUGGCCGUUUUUCGACACGUUCGAAAAGUUUCUAGUUUUUCUGCAUAGCAUGGUGAACGGUAAACCGCAAAGUGUACCGAUUGAAAAGUACAUUUCAUAUUUUUUAUGCGAUAUACCAUUCCCGAGCCCGCAGCGUCCGAGAAUCUUGGUACAACUCAGCAGUCGAGACAGAUUGAUCUUGACGCAACCGGAGGAUUCGGCUCUGCCUAGAUCAGGCGCUAGUUUCAGGCAACUGCUGAUAAACUUGGGACCUGACAAUUGUUUAUUAAUACUAUUAUUAAUAUUAACCGAGCAGAAAAUACUGGUUCAUUCCUUACGUCCGGAUGUACUUACUUCAGUGAGCGAAGCUAUCGCUAUGAUUUUGUUUCCUUUUAAAUGGCAAUGCCCUUAUAUACCAUUGUGUCCUCUAGGAUUAGCAGAGGUACUGCAUGCACCAUUACCAUUUCUGAUUGGCGUGGAUUCAAGAUUCUUUGAUUUAUAUGAUCCUCCCUCUGAUGUCAACUGUGUAAAUUUGGAUACCAAUAACAUAGCAAUAUGUGAAGACAAAAAAUAUUUAAAUGUAAAAUUAUUACCUAAGAAAGCAGCUAGGCAGCUCAGAAAUUGGUUGGAGAUGUUGUCCUCAAAAAUAAUCUCGUGGGGAAAAACUAAUUGUUCCCAAAAAGAGAGGGGCGACGAAGAUUUUAGUGUGGACAGAGAGUUUCAACAAAAACGAAAAGAGCAAGCUUUAGAACUUGAAAUACAGGAUGCCUUCUUAAGAUUUAUGGCAACAAUUCUCAAAGGAUACCGAAUUUUGGUACCAAUUACAAAAGCACCUACUGUAGGGACGACAGAUUCGACAAGUUUAUUUAAUUUUCAAGCGUUUUUAAGAACUCGCGAUAAAGCCCACGCUAAAUUUUACUCCAUGCUCGUCAAAACGCAAAUAUUUGCCAGAUUUAUAGAAGAAAGAAGUUUUGUUUCUGAUAUGGAUAUGGCAGGAUUAGCAUUUUUCGAUGAGUGUACAGAACGAGUUGAGGAAGAAAAUGUAAUUCUUUUGGAACUGGAUGAAUCUCAACACAGCGAACGUACAGUAUUUAUACCUCCACCUGAAGCAGGAACGAAUCAAACACCAAUAAUAUAUAAAUUGUUCAAAUUGAACCCGGAUCUAAUGAGGCCUCAAAAGAACUUUUCUUUGAAGAAUCCAUCUUUAAGUGCCUUUAGUAUGGUACCUGGGAGUCCUAUGGCUCGUAGAACAAAGCAUGAAAUCAAAGUUGCUCAAAGGAUGGCUAGAAAACAAGCUGCGAUGCCUGACAGAUGGGGUAGAUGUUUGCUUGGUACAUGUUAUAGUCUUUGGUUCUUACAUUUACCAGCCAUGUUGCAAGUUUCCAAUCAACCCGCUGCAAUUUUGCAUCAAGCUUACGAAUUAUUAGUUAAAAUGCAAAAAUUACGUCUCGAUCCUAUGGAAGAGGUAUGCUACAGAGUUAUGAUGCAACUUUGUGGUGUAUAUGGUCAACCAGUUUUAGCUGUAAAGUUACUGUUUCAUAUGAAACGAAGCGGCGUACAACCUAACGCUUUAACAUAUGGAUUUUACAACAAGGCUGUUCUCGAAGCAACAUGGCCUUCCGAUAUGACAAAUUCGAGUCAACUGAUGUGGAACAAGUUGCGAAAUGUCAUUGUCGGCGCAGCGUUAUUUAAAAAGGCUGGGAAGAAGAGCGCUAGAAGACGAUUGAGUUCCAAUGUAGAUUUUUUAACUACCGAUAAGACUGAAGGCAUGGAACAUGCUUUUUCUCGGUCUAGUCUCGACAGUUCCCAUUCUCAAGACACUGAAGCUGCGCAUAGUGAUUCCACUAAAGGCAGUUCUGUAUCAGAUUUACCUGGAUUCGGAUCAUUUGAUUUGAAAGCUAAAGCUCUUCUUCGGCAGAAUAGUAUUGUAAAAGACCAAGCGACAUUGAGUAUGUUACAAUCGGACGAAUUGGAACGGGCACCUAGUAAUCCAAGGCUAACGCGCAGUGUUGAAUCACCAUUAAAAAGUCCCGUACGCACACCAGUUACGGAAAAUGACCCAUUGGGUGCUCUCAUUAAUGACGAAACACCGAUUGUGUCACCUUCCGAGGAGAAUGAUUCAAAUUGCUCAACAAGUACUUUAACUGUUUUAAAUAAUACGACUGAAGAGAGACCAGGAGGGCCGCUUUUAUUUAGAAGCAACAUUCUCCCACGUAGUGCGACCUUUCAUCAAGCAGUAGAUGAAAGUGGCAUGACAGUGGGUGGACAUUUACAGAGAAGCGAGACAAUGCCUCACUCUGUGGCGCAACAAGGUGAACAGGAGAGAGAAAAGGAGAGACUAGAAAUAAGCAGUCUUUGGUCUCAAAAUAAGGAUAGUGUAACAUCCAGCCUCUCUAGCUUAGGAUCUAGUCUUAAACUUAGUUUUGGACGAUACUCCACGGGUGGAUUGGCGUUUGCUAAAAAUAAGGAUUUAAUAUCAUCGAAUCAACUUAUUGAAUCUCUUAGUCUCUCCAGUUAUAUCAGCCCAUCAAGCUUAACAGGAAAAAAAUCCAACGAAAUAAUACUUGGUGGUCUGAAUAGCUUGAAAUCUGCUGCAACAACUGUCGUCAAAAAAUUCGACGAGAUAAAAGAGGCCAUCUCAGCGACGAGUACACCAGUAAAUAAGGAACGUGAACAAAAAAUAGCUUAUGGAAUAUCACACGAAUCUUUAGAUUCUCUUACCGAUGGAUCUUUACAAGAUCGAAACGAAACUUCCAUGAGAGCAGCUGGUGAUGGAGGAAAUUUAGAUUUGUGUUCAUUAUACGAACUCACAGAGUGUCUGUAUCCAAAGGGCACUAGAGAGUUGGAGGAACGUCUUGCCAUUGAGCUUGUGCUUUCCAGUGCCAGUAGAUGCCAUCAUUGCGCCGCUAUCCUAUACGAUGAAGAAAUAAUGGCUGGUUGGCAACCAGAAGAUUCCAAUUUAAAUACAGUUUGUCAGUAUUGCGAUAAGGCUACUGUACCUCUUCUUACAGUUACAAUAUUAGAUUACAGAUGUGAAGCGAGCGAAAAAAAUAACGAUCCUUUAAUGGGAGCAUUGGUGGAAUUGCUAGAUCAACCGAAGGAAUCGAAGGAACCGAUAACGGUACCUUAUCUAAACCCAUUAGUUCUGAGAAAAGAAUUGGAGAGCGUGCUAAGUCAAGAGGGGGAUGCCUGUCUCACUAAGCAUAAGUUUAUUCAGGAACAUCCGAUAGUAUAUUGGAAUCUGAUUUGGUACUUUGAAAGAAUUAAUUUAACAAGCCAUCUACCUGAUCUCUGGUUGAAUAACGAUAAGAAUUCAGAACUUCAAAGAACUGUAGGAUUGGUGGGUGUCAGAACAAUGUGGGACAAUGAACGAUUACAUAUGGAUCGUUUGCCUAUGUAUCUCCAAUGGAAAUUAAAUUCUACAGAGGAUAGAACAUUGAUGCAAGCAGUGAUAACAUAUGUCCGUUGCAACGACUUAGCAGAACCUAUAAUAAGAGUGGCCUUAGAAAGAAGUAAACAUCAAACAGGCGAUCAUCCAUUUUCUAUAUAUAGGGAUAUUCUGUUUUUGGCAUUUAUUGUAUUGGGCAGAACGAAUAUUGACCAAGGCGUAUUCGAUAGAGAAUACAGUUUAUCUCUAGAGAAAUUCUCUGAAAAUGAGGAGAAAUUAUUGCAUAAAAUUGACGCUCCACCAACGAUGAUGUCGGUAUAUUGCAGGCAUUAUUUUAAGCAAUUAAAUGUUUGAGAAACACGAACAGCCGUGAAUAGUUCUGAAGAAAAGUUAUUCCUUUCGAAGCAUCGGAGGAAGAGUGCGAUGUUGCGCGAAUAGUGAAUGCUUGUAAGUACGAGCAUUUAUAGCUCUAUUUUCAAAAUUGUGUGCACGAGAGAAACGAAUUACGUGCAUAAAGAACGAUGUUCGAAUCAGGCGUUGUUAAAAUACGUUUCAUCGCGUGUCGAAAUGUCUGACAUAAUAUCAUGUAAUGUCAUUGACAUUUCUUCUACACGUUGAAGGUUUAUCUUUAACACGAAAAUUGUUAAUGUUAUUAAUGAUGAUUUACAUUCGAGCUACAACGCCACUUCUUGGAGCGCGCCAAUUACGAUCGAUAUCGUGCGAAUCGAUUCUUCUUUUUUUCUUUUCUUCAUAAAGUUCUGCUUACCCGCUGACGUCCGUAAUAGAUCAUAGAUAUUGUCUUUGCUUGCGCAAAAAUAUGUAUAAUCGGACCAUUCGAGCUUAUCAAAUUCUCCAAGCGGACGACACGCACGCACGCGAAAAUUGAUAGACGAAUAGUUAUCGGAUCGGUUGCAUCAACAACAUUUCACACAGUUAGCUGAAUUUUCUUAUCUUAUUUGUGUCGCGGUGAGAAAGGCUGUGAUCUAGGAAGAGAUGGAGAAUUACUGAUCGUAAUUGGCCGCCAAGAAUUAUUGAUGCUAUCGAUCUCGAAAUCAGGUCAGUGCAAUAUCGAGUUGAAUAAUAAUAAUUUUUAACUAAUAUCGUACAUCUCUUCAUAUGUUUAACACAAUUGUUUUUAAUGAUUAAUGACUUUUUCCUUGUUUUAAUCAAUUCGAUCGCGUAUGCCUCUGAUUUUAAUUCGCGCGGCGCAUCAGCAAUAUCUAAGAGUACAAUGUUAAAAAGUAUUAAGUACCAAAGAUGUUAUAUGGACUGUAAAAGCGACUGCAAGUUCAAUUGCAACUGCAAAUUCCCUCCAGGUGUGCUGUGACCUUAAAUACGUUUCAGUUCGAUGAGUGAGGAGAAAAAACUGUCACGUGUGGAUGUAAAAAAACAAACGAGCAUCUAAUAUACUAUUUUUUUUAUCGCAAAAAGAGAAAGAACAAAAUAUCGCGUGGCGAAACGCAGUAUUCUUUCCUUGUACUCUUAGAUAGAAACAAUUGUUUAUCGCACGACGAACACAGUAUAAAUAUCGUUUCUCUACUCGUUCCAGGUGAAAAGUGCUCUUCGCAAGGGCGUGGCGUUAAACUCGAUUGCUUAUCCUCAGAGCAAAUACUUAGUGUGUGAGAGUGAAUAUUUUUAUGAAUUUUAGACAUUUAAAGCAUUUGUAAUAGUUUAGCGUGAUAGUUUAAUUAGGUGACAUUCUGUCCACAAUUUAUUCAAAACGGAAUAAUGAGAUUAUUUGUCGCAAGGAGACUCAUUAACACAGUCUUUCACAAUGUCGUGCACUUUUCACCCUGGACAUUGCAGAUGAAUGUAUGUUCAUUCGAUCCAAUACUAUGAAUGUAGAUUACGAGAAUAAAGUCAGUUGAGGUAUUUUACAGAAA